AAAUCUUUGGCUCGGUCAAAUUUUAUCCAGUUGUUUAUAAAACUGUUGUUAUCUGAUUCAUGUAAUUUUUCAGUGUUGAUUUAAAAGCCCAAAAAAUCCAUCUAUACUGACUUUUUGAUAUUUUUUCUGUAAUUUGAAUUUAAAAAUAGAUAAAACUUUCGAUAAGUUAUGUAAAAUCAUAACAAGUAUUUAGUUUUAGAAAGCAUUUACAUGUUUCAAACUUAUAAUAUAUACAUAUAUAAUGUUUAAAAUUAUGCAUAUAAAACCUGUGUAAAAUGUGUCUGAAUAUGUUUCUCUUCUUUAAUGUGUUAAUCGUACUAUAUAUAACAUUAUUUUAAAAUUUCAAAAAGUUUAUGUCAUUGUCACAUACAAAAAACCAUCAAUAAAAAAUAUAAUUCUCCAUCUACGACAAGAAAAAUGAAAAAUUAUAAAUUUAAAUUAAAAGAAAAACAAGAAGUUAAUAUAAAAGAAAAAACUGACAAAUAAUAUUAUAAAUAAAAUAAAUUUAUAAGACACAAUCCGCGCGAAGCGCGGAAAAAAUCUCUAGUAGGGGAUAAUAAAAAGACGAGGUGUAUGAUUCUGAUUUUUAGAGAAUUAUUUCGACAAUGCUUCGGUUAUACGUUACUUUAAGUGUUAAGAUAAUCUACAUCAGUGUUCCAAAAAAAAAAAAAGAUAAUCUACAUUCGUUUUGAUCGAAAAAGAAAAGGAAAAGCUAUAUUCAAAACUCCAAUAAAGGAAAAUAAUCACAGAAAUCAGAAAUGUAUUAUACCAGCUGCUUAUAUAAACAAAUCUUAAAAAACUAUCACAAAUAUACGCAACUAUUUGUUUUUAAAACAGGCGUAGCAUUUCUACUAAUGUGAAGUGGUUUAUAAAAUUUCAUAGCCUAAGUGAAUAAGAUGAAAGAAACUUUCAUAAUAAUAACAACCUAUUACCAUCAUUUUAAUAUAUCAAGUUUUACGAACCCAAAUUAAACAAUGCACUAAUUUAUUCUAAUUCACGAUUUUAAACAUCUAUCUAUUUUGCGACGUAACACCGAGUUGUAAGACAUUCCCACAGAAAGCUUUUUCAAAUGUUGAUUGCAAAUUAUGCAUUUUGUAUUGCUGUUUUUAUUUUAUUUUAGAGCUUUAUUACAAGAUAAGAAACAUUUAUUAGUUAAAUACAAUACUUAUUAACUAUUGUUAAUACUUUGUAUUUGUUGACUAGCUAAUUAGUUCAAAAAUAAUAUCUUUAAUUUGAAGAGAGAAAAUCUUUUGUACCUCUUGGUCCCAAUAUAAAACCCAGCACGACCUCAAUACACACCAUAACAAAUAAAGGAAAGGGAAAAAGUAUCAUGACAAGAAAGAAGGUCAAACUUGCUUUCAUUGCUAACGAUUCUUCGAGGAAAGCAACUUAUAAGAAAAGAAAGAAAGGUUUGAUGAAGAAAGUGAAUGAGCUCUCGACUCUUUGUGGUAUCAAUGCAUGCGCAAUCAUCUACAGUCCCUACGACUCUAAUCCAGAGGUGUGGCCAUCAAACUCCGGAGUGCAAAGAAUAAUUUCGGAGUUUCGUACAUUGCCGGAGAUGGACCAGAACAAGAAAAUGGUGGAUCAAGAAACCUUUCUCAGACAAAGGAUAGCCAAAGCCUCGGACAAUUUGAAGAAACAAAGGAAGGACAACCUAGAGAUGGAGAUGACCGAAGUCAUGUUCCAAUGUUUGAUAAGAAACAUGGGGAUGUUUAAUCUGAAUAUUAUGGAUCUUAAUGAUUUAGGUUAUUUGAUUGAUCAAUAUCUUAAAGAUGUUAACCGCAGGAUCGAGAUACUAGGUAAUUCUCGUAUGGAGCUCGGUGAAUCCUCCAACAAUGUUGCGGCAGAAGCGAGUGGAACGUUGGCUGUUGUGGAGGCUACAACCGCUCCAGCCGCUACGAUUCAGCAGCAACAACAGUUUCACCAACAUGUUGUACUCUAUGAGAGGCCUCUGAAUCUGAAUCUGAAUCAUAGUCAUGAACAGCAACAACAACAAUGGUUUAUGCACAUUAUGAACCAGCCCCAGCAAAUGAGUCAUGCUGCUGAGCAAAUGGGCUUUCCGUUCAUGAAUGAUAACCACCACCAACAGCAGCAGCAGCGACAGAUUCCCGGCGUUUUCUCCACCACUCCGACAACCGUUAUUUCAAGCAGUAUCAAUCCCGUUACCAGUUCAAACCGUACCAAUAAUACAUGGUUCCGCUAGGGUUUCGAGAGUGGACGUUCACAUUACGUUUUAGACAAAACCAUGCAUGAUUCCACAAAGUGUUUCUUUUCUUGUUUCCAUUUCAGUUUAUUGUCUUUAUUCUGCCGUUUUAUUAUUAUGGUUGUCGUUUAUAGUUUACAUGCAUUGGUGAUUUGGUUUUUAAUGUUACAGAUUUGUGAUUCUCUAGCUUUUAUUGUAAGUUUGAUACUAUGUAUUAUUUCCUUUCAAGAGAGAUAUGCGUUAUCUUUAAUUUUAAAAUAAGCAGUGAAUAAGGUUUAGCUGUUGGAUUCAGGUCGUCUACCAAACGGUAACAAAGUUGUACAGUUCUGGACCAAAUUAAAGUUCAGUUCGGUUUGGUCAGAAAAUGAAACAUUAGCUAGGUUCCGUUUCGGCUAAGAAAACAAGGGUGGAAAUUGAAAACAUUAGAGCAUCUGCAGCAAUAAAUUUAGUUAUCCACGUUUCUCAACAAUAAAAUUAUUAAUAUGUUAAUUUGAUGAAUAAAAUUUAAUGCUGUAAAAUUUGUUGUCUCAUCCAAUAAAUGACAUCUGUAGAAAAACUCUCUCAAAAGAAGGUGUGAGUCUCUUCUUAACCAAUCACUUCUCUUGUUUUCUGAUUUCUCUUUCUUACUUUUUAUUUUUAUAUUAAUAUUUUUGUUCAAAUACUCUUAUUAAAUUUGACCGAUGCAGAUGCCUUUUAGGUAUUUUAAUAAAACACAAAAAAAAACUUUUUCUAGAGAGAAAGAAUUUCCACGUCUGGGAUCAGAUAAAAGAAAAUUGUUUUCCUAGUCAAAGCUUUAAAUAUUAGAAAUUUGACUAGAAAAACAUUUUCCUCUUAUCUGAUUUAAAGUUUUUUUAGAUCAUUUAUUGCAUUUUCUCAUCUUCUUAUUUCUUCCAUCUUGUUUUUCUUGUCGUUUUCUUUCCACGCCUUCAAACAUCUUCUUGUUCUUGGCAACAGUUUCAACCGGCCAUGUCUUUUUCUCUAGCUCUGAGCUAUACUUGCGAUGUCGUUAGAUGAGGACGAUAAACACUUUAACCUUCCUGAUCUUCCUUAAUAUAGUUCUAGCCAGAAAGACUCUUUGCGUCUGAUUAGAAGACUUUUAAAUCAUGAUUGCCAAAAAAUCUCUAAUCUAAUCAGAGACAUGCUCCAUAAGUGGAAAAUAUACGAUCGAGUUCAUGGCAUAGCGCUGACUUCAGAGAAGUUUAAAUUUAUAUUCAACCUUGAGCAUGACUUGAUCGUAAUUCUCAACAAACGCAUUCACACCUUCAAUGAUUGGGUGCUAGCAGCCAUUGAGAGAUGGACUGAGAAGCCGCCGCCUGAUUAUCUUCCAUACAUCAACAUCUGGGUUAGGCUUCGUCAUAUUCUGUUUAAUCAUUACACUGCUGAAGCUAUUUCAGCUUUAGCUGAUCUUUUUGGACCAAGUAGUCGAGGUUGCUUUUGAUCAUACAGAACUCAAAGUAAUGAUUAUAUAUGUCAGGGUUAUGAUCAGGUUCGACAUUUCCAAGCCUUUGGGUAAAACUGAUAUACCAUGUUUCUUACCACUUACGAUAGUAUAAGUUCUUUAUGGAGUCUAUUAUUUACUUUUGAGUUGUUUUAGAUUCUUUUCAGAUUCAGUACUUUUCGAGUCUAUUUAUGAUGCAGAACUACGAAGAUGUGUCAGAAGCUUAGCAACAGAAGCAGGACUUUCCAAGAUCUAGUGAAGCUCAUAUUUUUACAUGAUAUAAAGAUUUGAGUUGGAUUUCCAGUGCCACCCGUUUAAAGUUAAUCAGAAGGUUGCAUCAAAAGUUAUGCUCAGUUUAGUCUCACGCACGAGAGGAAGCUGUCGAGGUUUUAGCCUAGUGUCGAACGAUACCAAUGUGAGUGUCGAACAACACUCCUCCUGAUCAGAGCCUGGCGAGUUUUUAUCAACUUCCAAGAAUUGUAUUUUGGCCCAAAAUUUUAUAAUAUUUACAAAAGAGCCUAGAAUAUGUUUAAGCUAUAUUUAUCUUUUUGGAGAGAAGAUUAGAACUCUUUCUGAGAUCUAUUUGAAACUCCGGUUUUGAUUCAUCAUCUAUGACAUUUAUUCAGACUAUGAUUUAUGUUAUUCAUGUCUGAGUCCGGUUAGGUUUAGGAAUCUCAUGAAUUUAAUAUGAUAAUCAUUGAUUGCUAGGGUUAUUUACUGAUUUCUACAUAUGGGUGGUUUGUAAUACAAUCUGAGAGGCACGAGAGUGCUAUUAAUUAACGGAACUCGAGCCCUGAAUCUGGUUUAUUGCUUGUUUGAUUCAUGGAAUAUGCAGCGAGGGUUGAUAUUUGAUGAGAGUUAAGCAUCUGAUAGUUUGUCGCAUCGAGAGUUAGAUAACUUAUUGUUUGUAUUCAAGUUCUAGAAUCGAACAUAUAAAAACCCUCGCCAUCACUGAUUGUGUUUUGAAUAUCUUGAUUCAUAAAUUCCAAGAUCUAUCGCUUCCUUCUGAUAUCUUACAACUGUUUAGAUUUACUGUUUUGUUUACUCUUUAUUUAUUUAUUGUCUAGCUUAAUCUGAUCGCGAUAAUAUAUUGCGUGAAACAUUGACUUCAUAUGGAUUCGAUCACUAAGUACUAUUACGAACCUCUUAUUUGAGAGAGUAAAUCGAAAGAUAAUUUGGGCAUAUCAAAAACCAAAGUGGUUAAUCUCCCAAGCGGUGAACAAACUAUAAUUCUCUAUGAGUACGAGAGACUAUAUUUCUUCUGUCAACGUUUUACUCAUGAGCAAACUCAGUGUCCUAUAAAGCCCAGUGCUUCACAAUCAGGAGUGGAUCUCAAUUAUCCUAACCAAAAGAGUACAUCUAUUCAUGAGCCUUUCUUAAAAAGGAGAUGAUCCUCUCUAUGUUGUGUUGUAGGUAGAUCAAGUUGGAAUAAAUCAUGUCACGGGUAGACAGUGUGAAUGAGAGGGUAAAGAGGAACAAUGUGACUGAAAAACUUCUUACUUUCUCAUUGAACCAACUGUUUCUUUACAAGCUUCUAUUUAUAUACAAUAAUGAAAUGUUUCCUAAACCUAGUUCCCUCAGUCUUGGACCACUCGCCACGUGUUGCUUGUUUAGGAGCACUCUACAGCUUGCAUGACGGUGAUGAUAGGGUCAUAGUCACGUCCCAAACCGUUGAGGAAAGUGAAGAUAUUCAUAGAUUCUUCAACCGGUUUCCCAAUAGAGCUUGUCACAGAUAGCUCUAAACUCACGACAGUAGGUGACAAAGUCUUUACCUUUCUUAGGAGCACUCUACAGCUUGCAAGGGGACAUAACGGGUCGAUAGAGACAUCUCACAGCCAGCUCCAGCUGGUUCCUUUGUCCUCAUUCUCUGUUGCUUGGACAGUACGGUUUCACCAUUCUGACUCAUCAGUUCAAGACGUUGGGCCUUCAUUCUUGGGCUAGGCGAGCCCACUGGGUUUUGAUGUUGUGUACUUUCAGACAGAAAAUAGCUCUGACGUCCUUGAAAGUAGGAAGCAAUAUCUCAUCUCUG